AUGUCUUUGCUGGCACAGCCACCCAUGGACGAGGCCGAGGACGAGUUGUUGGUGGACAACGGCGCUCCGCGCCGGACGGAUACCCGGGCUUGGAUUCUCCGCACCGCUGCCUUCGCCGUGCUGCUGCUUCUCGUGGGAAGCCUUGGAAGCCUCGUCUAUCAGCGGCCCCUCACCAUAAGGGGCUUGAGCAAGGCUGUGGGCUUGGCGGGUGAUGAUGGCAGCUUUGAUUGUGGUGAGAUGAGAUGCACGGCCGGCUCCAUUUGCUGUGGUGGGAACAAGUGCUGCAUGGCCGGCUCGAGCUGUUGCGGUGGCACGUGUCUUGCUGCUGGUGGGAUCUGCUGCCGGAACCGCACGGAUGCCCCUCUGCUCUGCACACCGGGGACCGACUGCUGUGGCAAGGGAACGGACACCGCACAGUGCUGUACAACCGGCUGUGCAGAUGGGCCCUUUGUCGCCUGCAAGCUCUGA